CGUUGAGAUCGUCGAGGUCGCUUGUCGGCCUUGGGCUGUCCGCGAAUGCAGCAGGUGUCCAUGACUGAUGGGUCACAGGAACCAUUCUACUGUCUGUGGAUCCAUGACCUGCUGACAUCAACCUUCGAUCCGGAGAGCCGGGUGUCGACCUGGGGUCAGCUGCGGCUGAAGAAAGUGGACAUCCUCGGCACUGUGGUGGCCGCACGAACAUACGAAAAACGAUCGGAAUACGAAGUGGACGACGGCACUGGCGUGAUCCACGUGUGCUGGUUCCACCGCGAGCCAACGCCUUCCGUGGCGACGGCGGCGGCGCGGCCGGCCGAGCCUCCGCUCGCCCAACUGCCGCUUGGAACGCGGCUCCACGUGCGCGGCGGCCUGCAGGAGUACCGCGAGCGCAAGCAGGUGGUGGCAUACUCGCUGCGUGUCGUCACCGACCCGAGCGAGCCGUGCGCGCGCGUGUUUCGCCAGGCGGCGCUGUACCGGCAGGUGUACGCGGCCGGCCGCUGACCGGUUGGCCGGCGGCGAGGCGCGCCGCCGCGGACAUGGUGGAGCCGCCGGAGCCCCGGCUCGGUACGCACAGCUUCAGCUGUCGCCACCAGGAGACGAUCGUGCACUUCCAGGUGCUGCGGCUGGCCGACAGCUUCCUCCUCUGGGCGGCCGACGCGCCCUGCUUCAAGCAGCUGGCCGUGGCGAUGCGCUCGCCCGUCUCGCCGGCCCCGGUCGCCUCGCUGCUGCUGAACAAGGCGGGUCUCGGCGCCAGCGACAAACUGGCCGCCAAGCUGGCGCAGCGCACCGGCAAGCAAGUGUUUGUCAGCUGUAACGUCAACCUGGACGACGCGGCGCUGCGCCAGGCGGUCGAGGCGCGUAUCGUGGAGGAGCUCAAGGAGCAUCCGGACAAGUUCUGAGGAAGACCAGCUGGGAGUGGGAGUGGGGGACACGGCGGCCGGUGAGGACGGCGCUCACGUGAGCUGCCUGUCGUGGUGGCUCUGUUGUGAUCGUGACUGCCGCUGUUGGUCGUCUCGGCACCUUGUGGCCGGACUGUGGAGUGCUGGAAGCCGCCAUGCAUGAGGGGGACGGCAGCGGCCCGUGUGCCGGUCUCCAGAGGAGUGCUGGUAUGGAAGACAGGGCGCGACAGAGGCGCCGUCUGGAGGGGGAGAGCAGGCGACGCCACCGUCGCGCCGCGGCGCUCGACCUCGACCGACCCGGAGUCGCCGGGGUCGCCCAACAGGGUCUGGUGCCCCCUGUGAGUGAGCUGCUGACGCUGAGCGGUCCGGACGGUCCGCCGCUGACCCCGGACACCCUGCGGCGGAUCGGCCGAGGUCUAGCGCAGAGCGCGGCGGCGCGCGCGGCCUGGACGGCGGCGCCGGACGGGCGGCGCCGCCUGCAGCGGCUUCUGGCCCCACUGACGGGUGAUGAUCCGGACGCUCAGCUGGAGGCGGCCGCCUGCCUGACGAACGUGGCGGCCGGCCCGGUGUCGCUCGAGGUGGCCCAGAUGGUCGGCAGCUACCUGGUCACACUGUCGGCCAGCGCCAGCCCGCUGCUCCAGGACCAGUGCAUCUGGGCUCUGGGGAACAUGGCUGCCUCCGGUACCGAAACCUGCGCCUUGCUGGCCGCACAAGGCAUGACCGCUGCUGCCAUCUCGUGUUUGAAGUCGAUACACAAAGUUGUUCGAGAGUCCGCCGCUGCAGCCAUCGCAGUGUUUUUGACGCAUGCCUCCGAGGAAAGUGCAAGCCGACUGGCGCCGGACCUGCUGCCGCUACUGAGCCAGCUGCUGGCGUUGGACGCCAGCCUGGCGGUGCGCCUGGCGUCGGUGCUGGAGCAGGUUUACGUGGGGGUGCGGCCCGACGGCGCCGUCAUCUCCUGCGCCGCGGCCGUGCUCGAGGUGUGCCCGACCGUGCUCAAGGCGUGCCCGACCGUGCUCGAGGCGUCCCCGGCCGUGCUCAAGACAUACCCGGCCGUGUUCGAGGCGUGCCGGCCGUGCGUGUCGGCCGUGUUCGAGUCGUGCCAGGUCGUGCUCGAGGGCAUGGGCUCGCCGUGGCUCACCGAGGCAGUCCUCUGA